AUGGAGAAUGAAUUUGUUAAGGCAUUUUCUGAUUCAUUCGCUAUGAAGGGAGGAGAGGGCCCUCACAGUUAUGCCCAAAAUUCAAACCCUCAGGUAAACUUACGAAAGCAUGUGAAAGUAGAUAACACCAGCAGCCAUCAUUUUAAAAUAGAGAUGGGGAAUGAAUCAUAUGCCAUGAAAGGAGGAGAGGGUCCUCACAGCUAUGCUCAAAACUCCAACUUUCAAAAAGAUAUGAUUGAAGUUCGUAAAAAGUUGAUCCAGGAGGCGAUAGCCAAAUGCUUUGAUCCCCGAGCCUAUGCUGAACACACAAGCUCAAUUUGUAUAGCAGACAUGGGUUGCUCUACAGGACCAAAUACAUUUCUUGCAAUGCAAAUUAUAAUAGAUGCAAUAGAGCACCAAUUCCAAUCACAUGGUCUUGCUGCUCAAAGUUCAGAACUCCAAGUUUUCUUUAAUGACCAAAUCACAAAUGACUUCAACACGCUCUUCAAAAAUCUUCCACCAAAUAGGAAGUAUUUUGCAGCUGGUGUGCCUGGCUCUUUUCGUGGACGCUUAUUUCCAAAGGAAACACUUCAUUUGGUCCAUUCUUCUUCAUCUCUAAACUGGCUCUCUACAGUGCCCAAAGAAAUUACAGACAGAACUUCUAAUGCAUGGAACAAAGGGAGGAUUCAUUGCACAAAUGCUCCCAAGGAGGUUGCAGAUGCCUAUGCAACCCAGUAUAAAAUGGACUUGGAAAAUUUCCUCCAUGCUAGAGAACAAGAACUUGUGGAAAAUGGACUAAUGAUACUUCAAAUACCUGUAGCAUCAGACGUGAUUCUUGAUUCAGAAGUAGACCCUAAUAGAGUUUUUGAACUUCUGGGAUCUUGCCUGGUGGACAUGACUAAAGGGGGACUGAUUAGUGAAGAAAAAGUGGACUCUUUCAAUGUGCCUUUCUUUUACUCACCUGUUAAGAAUGUGAAGGCAAUUCUAGAAACAAAUGGUAGUUUCAGUAUGGAGUGGAUGGAAACAUUAGAUAUCAAAGAUAUUUUUGCAAUCCCGAGUGCACAAGUUUUUGUUUCCACGUACAGAGCAGUGCUGGAAGAGUUAAUUGAGAAGCAUUUUGGUGGAGGAAAUAUGGAUGAGCUUUUUGAUCGCUACACUGAGAAAGUUAAGGAAUUUCCAGAUAUCAUGAAUUCAAAGAAGCUAAAAAUAGUCAUGUUGUAUGCUCUUCUCAAGCGCAAGUCAAAAGCAUUGAUAGGUACGGCCUAG